CCCCCAACGGUCGAAAACUUUUCAAAUUUCUUUCUGUACUGGUACGCCUCUAAAAAACUCGCAACCUGCCUUCGUAUUUCUCUGUCUCCUCUUCUUCUCCUUUUCUCUCCAUCUCUCAUCUUCUCCCCAUAGAAGCUCUACUGUUCUCUCUCUACCUACGGAAGCAGAAAAGACAGGAAGAGGAAAAAGGGUAUUUCUCCGUUUUUUUCAAAAAUGUUGCAAGAUAUGUGGAAUGCUCCUCCUGGUUUUAGACCCACCAAAUCUGCUCCUACUUCACCGGCAAAGCCUCUUGGAGUUUCAAGAACUCGGUCUGAGUCGUUUCAUGCCAUUCAUAAAGUACCUGUUGGUGACACUCCUUACGUUAGAGCUAAAAAUGUUCAAUUGGUAGAUAAAGAUCCGGAGAAAGCAAUUCCUCUGUUUUGGGCAGCCAUUAAUGCUGGAGAUAGAGUUGAUAGUGCUUUAAAAGAUAUGGCAAUUGUUAUGAAACAACAAAAUAGGGCAGAGGAAGCUAUUGAAGCUAUUAAGUCACUGCGAAGUCGAUGUUCAGAUCAAGCCCAGGAGUCUCUCGACAAUAUUCUUUUGGAUCUUUACAAGAGAUGUGGGAGAUUAGAUGACCAAAUAUCAUUGUUGAAACACAAGCUUUAUUUGAUUCAACAAGGCCUUGCUUUUAAUGGGAAACGAACAAAAACGGCUCGGUCUCAAGGCAAGAAAUUUCAGGUCUCUGUAGAACAAGAAGCAACUAGAUUACUGGGGAACUUAGGAUGGGCAUUAAUGCAGCAGAAUAACUAUGUGGAAGCAGAGGAUGCCUACAGGCGAGCACUAUCAAUUGCGCCUGAUAACAACAAAAUGUGCAAUCUUGGUAUAUGCUUAAUGAAACAGGGGAGAAUAACAGAGGCUAAAGAAACAUUGCGGCGAGUGAAACCAGCAGUUGCAGAUGGACCAAGAGGAGUAGAUUCGCAUCUCAAAGCCUACGAAAGAGCACAGCAAAUGCUAAAAGAUCUCGAAUCCGAAAUGAUGAACAAAGGAGGAGACAGAGUAGAACAGAGUAGGCUUUUCGAUGCCUUUCUUGGUUCUUCAUCAAUUUGGCAACCUCAACCCUGCAAAGAUCAAAAUACAGUAUUUCCAACAACAAAUACAACAAAAAUACAUGAUGAUUUUGCAGAUGAGAAUAUCGAUUCCAAUAUAAUAACAAAUCAAACUGCUAUUCCUCAGAAGAAAAGUAUCAAACAGUUAUUUGCUCCUUUUGGAAACUCAUUAAAUGUAGAUGCACCUCCAUUUUAUUCUACAAAAUUGGUUAAGGAACCAAUUGGAAGUCAAUUAAAUGAGCGUCUCAAAAGAACAAGAUCAGGAAAUGCUGCAAACUCAAAAAGAGGAAAUGAAAUGGGGGUUUUGGCCAAUAUGCCAUUAGUGGAGACUGAUAAACCAGAAACAAAAUCAAGAAGGCUAUCAGAUGAAACAGAGGAGAAAUUAUGUGAGUUAUUGCCAGAUAGUAAAGAUUUUGAGGAUGCAAUUCUUGCAGCUGUUUUAGGUCCAUCAAAUGAAACUAGCAACAAUAGUAAUGGAGGGAUUCUUCAACCCAAGAUCGAAAAGAGAUUAAAGGUUUUCCAAGACAUUACUCUGUCUCUGAGCCCAAGAGCUUGCUGAAAUUAGGCUAAUAAGCAUUAAUUAGUUAUUUAUUAGUUUAACUAAUUUUAUUUUUAUCUUUAUAAAUUCUAGGAUGGAGAUAAACUUGUUCUCCUUGAGCACCCUAGUUUCCUGCAUGCAGUGGAGUUUUGCCGCUGCAAGUAGUUUAUUGUUGUUCUAUCUAUUUAUUGUAAGCCUCUUGAAAAAGGCAAUUUGGGAAUAAUUCAAUGUCUCUCAUUUCACGCA